AUGGCCCUGGUCACCGUCAGCCGCUCGCCCCCCGCCAGCGGCCACUCCACGCCCGUGGGACCCACAGACCAAGCAUCAAAACGGAGAAGCCGACUCCAGCGACGGCAGAGCUUUGCUGUGCUUCGAGGGGCUGUCCUGAGACUACAGGACGAAGGGGACAGUGGAGAUGGGGCUGAGGCCACCUCUGAGCCAGUGGAAGAGCCCCCAGGUGAUGUGCAAACCCCCGGAGACCAGACUGACGGUGGGCAGGGACCCCAGAACCCUCAGGAGGAGGAACAGAGACAGCGCCUGCACACCAUGGUGGGGCUGUUGAGGCCCCAGGACGACAUCCGCCUGGCGGCCCAGCUGGAGGCAGCCCGGCCUCCUCGGCUCCGCUACCUGCUGGUAGUGUCCACAAAAGAACACCUGAUCCAGGAAGAGACAGUCCUCCUGGGGGUGGACUUCCCUGACAGCAGCUCCCUCAGCUGUACCCUGGGUCUAGUCUUACCCCUCUGGAGCGACACCCAGGUGUACCUGGAUGGAGAUGGGGGCUUCAGCGUGACUUCUGGUGGGCAGAGCCGGAUCUUCAAACCCAUCUCCAUCCAGACCAUGUGGGCCACACUCCAGGUAUUGCACCAGGCAUGUGAGGUGGCUUUCGGCAGUGGUUUGGUGCCAGGGGGCAGUGCCCUCACCUGGGCUGCCCACUACCAGGAAAGAGUGAGCUCGGACCAGAAUUGUCUCAACGAGUGGAUGGCCAUGGCCGACCUGGAGUCUCUGCGGCCACCCAGUGCUGAGACUGGCCGGCCCUCAGAGCAGGACGAGAUGGAGCAGGCGAUCCGAGCAGAGCUGUGGGAGGUACUGGACACCAGUGACCUGGAGAGUGUCACAUCCAAGGAGAUUCGCCAGACCCUGGAGCAGCGUCUGGGCUGCCCGCUGCAGCAGUACCGCGACUUCAUCGACAACCAGAUGCUGCUGCUCAUGGCCCAGCAGGACCGGGCCUCGCGCAUCUUUCCCCACCUUUACCUGGGCUCCGAGUGGAAUGCAGCCAAUCUGGAGGAGCUGCAGAGGAACAGGGUCAGCCACAUCCUGAAUGUGGCCCGGGAGAUUGACAACUUCUACCCUGAGCGCUUCACCUACCACAACGUGCGGCUCUGGGAUGAGGAGUCAGCCCAGCUGCUGCCCCACUGGAAGGAGACACACCGCUUCAUCGAGGCCGCCAGGGCCCAGGGUACUCGGGUGCUAGUGCACUGCAAGAUGGGUGUGAGCCGCUCAGCGGCCACGGUCAUGGCCUACGCCAUGAAGCAGUACGGCUGGGGCCUGGAGCAGGCGCUGCGCCACGUGCAGGAGCUGCGGCCCGUUGCCCGCCCCAAUGCCGGCUUCCUGCGCCAGCUGCAGACCUACCAGGGCAUCCUGACUGCCAGCCGGCAGAGCCAGGUCUGGGAACAGAAAGCGGGCCAGGUCUCCCCUGAGGAGCCACUGGCCCCAGAAGUCUCUACACCCUUCCCAGCUCUGCCCCCAGAGCCUGGGGGUGAGGUAGAGGAGAGCCAGGCAGCCCCAAAGGAAGAGCCUGGGACGCGGCCCCGUAUCAACCUCCGCGGGGUCAUGCGAUCCAUCAGUCUUCUGGAGCCUUCCGAGGAGGAGCUGGAAAGCACAUCAGGGGAGGGUGACCUGCCAGAGGUUUUUCCUUCUAAUGAUUCUUCAAAGGAAGACCCUCCACAGCCCCUCCCUCAGCCAUCAAGGGGCAGGGGUGGUCGGCGACGCCGGAAGGGGCCCUGGCCUGCCCUGAAGUCCCACCAGUCCGUGGUCGCCCUCCACAGUGCCGCUCUGGUGGCCAGCAGGACCCAGGCUUUCCAGAAGCAGGAGAAGGGCCAGGGGGAGGCUGGCUGUCCCUCCACCCCCAGUGUCCGCAAGGUGACGAGGCAGGCCAGUGUGGAUGACAGCGAAGAGGAAGGCGAGGCCUGA